GGAGUAGUACAAACUGGACUUUAGAAGGCUUCAAACGGACAUGCAUAUAAAAUAAAGAAAUUGGAGUACUGAUCAAGUUCUGUAUGUGAGGGUAAGGACAGGACGUAAAGGAAAAAGGCACCAUGCCUAGUGGCAGGCACGAUGCGGACCGCAUCCGCCCGAUGCUGGGUCAGGACCGGCUCCGCGUCCGGUUCGGCAAUUCGGCACCUCGCAAGGUGAUUUUCCCACCUACCAGUACUGCUGGUAUCCAGCUACAAACCGAGACACCGGCAGAGCUCUCGCUGACACGCGUGCACGGCUAUUCAGGCCACAUUGGCAACGGCUUGCACUUCAUCGGCGAGCGGGAAGUCGUCUAUCCGGCAAGCGCUGUCUGCGUUCUGCACGAAUUCAGUUCCAUCGAACGAGAUUCGGCUGACAUCGUCGACGAUAGGCCGACACGGAUGUUGGGAGGGAAAAUGGCGAUGGCAGGAACAGGCGCUAUCGAUGACAAGGAAGACGGUUACGGAGGCUGGAGCUUCGAUAAGGUGAUGAUGCAUCAGAAGAAGAAAGAAGCAGUUAAGGAGUCUUGCUCAGAUGACUUCACGUAAGUACAUGAUGAAAAGCCCUCAUCUUGCUUGUUAAAGUCUAUGGUAGAUUCUCUAGUCUUAUUCCUCUCAACUACGAACAUUGUUUCAGUCUAUGCUUUAUUCUUCACCGUCCAUUACUGGUAUUUGAGGUACUGGUACUUUUGUUUGCAAUGUCUAAACUCCGAAAAAACAGCGACAAGAGAAGUGCGUUCGCAACGGGCGCGAAGAAGGUGAUGCAACUUGCCGAGGCGUCAAGAAUGCUGCAGCAGAAGGCUGGGAUCAAAGUGGGGAAAUUGCCGAAUAAUAGCGGGAAAGCAAAGCAACGCUUUUUCUUCGGCCAUUCAACCGAAGUCACAUGUCUCGACUACAACCAUGCGAAACGCGUUGUUUUAAGGCGUUGAAGAAUUGUACAUACAACAACAAAUUGACAAAUCGUAGUACCGAGUCAACAUCUAAUUUCCGCCAGUGGCCAGGUCGAUCCGAAGGGCCCGGGCUUACCUUUUGUCUGCGUCUGGCGUGCAGCGGAUAUGAUGCUUGUUUCCGUGCUUGUCUACCAUGAAGCAAGGAUAUGCUGUGUAGGGAUCUCACCGAAGGGUGACUACUUGUUCAGUAUGGGCAGAGACGACGCGCACACUGUGGCCAUUUGGGCAAGCGGUCAGUUCUUACCAGCAGGAAGUGAGCGGGUGAGGGGUUUUGAUGCGGUGCGAGAAACGCUAGUACAUCGAAUACCGGUCAAAGUAGCGAGCAGUGGAAAAACGCCUUCGUACUCAAAGACUGUGGGAUUGUUGAUUUGUUUUCCUCGUCUAUUGCCAAUAGUCGAGUGCUUCGUGAAACUUGGUUCUCGUAGGGGUUGAGAUGUCUUCUCAUCAGAAACUUCUGUUGAUGUGAUGAUCCUUGCAAGAAGCAACUGGUGUUCGGCAGCCCCUGAGUAGGUCACAGGUUUGGCGGGAAAACUAGAAGGAUGUUUGCUCCUUACACCUUACACUUCCAAUAGGUUUGCUUCUUCCGUCUCCUUUCUUGCUGCGCCGUUUAUGUUUGCGACCUAUGAUACGGGAGGUUUCGGGAGGGCACAUUUGAAGGUAUGGCGGUUUCGGCCGCAGCUUAGACACCAUCACGGUCAUUCCAGACAUGGUAGAGGAGGCGCAGACAGUGAGCCGAACUUAGUCGGCAAGGAUGCUGCGAUAGCAGCUGACGUCCGCGCGAUCACAGCAAUUGCCUGGACUUUGGAAAGCAACAUGCUACUAGCUUGUGCAGACAAUGGGUAUCUCUACCUCUAUGAGGGGACGUCGAUCAAGCGUUCGAUUCGGGUCUCCCCGGCUUCGCCUCUGACCGGCGUAAUUGAUUGCUGCAUGCCCGAACUCGGGUUUUUGGUUGCGUCGGCGGAUGGUUUCCUGCACUUAAUCGAUGCUAAGAUUGCCUCCUUGGCUUCAGGAUGGCGUGAGGAGCAGACGGCGAACAGAAAUGUUUUAUUGAUGCUCAUCAUUAGCCUGAUCCAUCUUCUGAUGCAUCUUGGAUUUGGGCCUAUGAUAAGGGGAAAACAGGUCCUCCAAGAUACGUCAAUCCUAAGGUGGAUUUGGGUGGAUGGGGUAAUCUCAUCUAAAGAAUGGAAGCUCUUCCAAUAUUAACCUCGACAUUGCUGCUGCUUCCUCCGGCAAACGAAGCACGAUAUCGAAGCAGACGUUGGAGUCCGUCGGGAGGGAUGAUCGGCCACUGGAGAAUCCCUUUAUCAAAGAAAGCUUCCAUCUCAGCAGUUUGAGUGGCCCUUCGCAUAAUCCAAAUUUGGUGAAGUUGCUCUGUUCGACGUCGGUCCCGGUGAUGCGCAGUUUUUCUCUGGCGAAAGUGGACCCGAAGCACCAUCACCAUCACCAGCACGACAAGGGUGGUGAACAAGGUGGAGGAGAUAAGAAGAAGAGCAAAGCGGGAAGUCGGGGUGCGGCUGAUGAUGCGGAGACUGGUGGUAUGGCUAAUUACAUGGCAAUAUAUCUACACUCUUCAUCUUCACCGUUCUAUAGUCGUGGCACGAAGAUGCUGCUUCGUGCACUGGCUGAGGCUGUAGCAGAGAUCGAAGUGUCGUGACUAAAAUGAAAGAUCGAGUCGUCGUCUCUUUGCUUGAGCCCCCCAGCAGGCUCUUCAUAAUGUCGCAUUACUUCCUCAUCCACCUCGUUUUAGUACCUGGCUCUUUCUAACAUCCGUGCAGAAAGUACUUCUGCCACGAGUGGGCAUCGUCGGCGUAGUAGUCGCAGUCAGUCCCGUUCUGCUACGGCCUCGCGUGUUGCCAGCUACGUCGAAGGCGCUAGCUCGUCCAGUAGAACGAACACUUUCACUGGACAGGGCCAAAGCGCAGGUGGACCUUCUGGUAGCAAGAGCAGCACUUCAGCGAGCGGACCAUCUGGCUCGAAAAAGCCCGGAUCCAAAACCGCUGAGAGCUCAGCGUCAGAGCAGAAGAGUUAAGGCUGUCACGACUCUAUCUGUACGACGUACAAAGGGAUUGAUGCUCCUCUAGGGGCGUAUUCAAGGCCAUAAAGCUGGAAAGAUAUGCCGCAACAAUGAUGCAUCAUGGAUGGCUCUAAAGAAUCAGUGGCGAAGGCGGAGCAUCGUCGUCACACGCGAGCAAAAACCUGAUGGAGGUGAUUUUCGAAACGAUGAUCUCGACUUUCCAAAAGGAAACGAUCGGACAUCGGGUAGCCAUUGGUUGCCAAGACUCGACCAUCCUUAUCGUGGAUUUGCUGGACCGAUGCGUUUUAGAGGUAGGCCAAGUCGGCCAUCGCAAUGCGAUCGCUGCGGUAGCGCGCCGCGGGAAUCUCGUGGCGACGGGGUCGACCGGUGGUGAUUUGCGGUUUUGGAAUCUCAGAGAAACGCGUGCACCUUUAGUCGGCCGUGUGAUUCAUUUCUCUAGCGACGAGGCGAGCAAUAACGGUGCAAUCAAACCGGUAGUGAGCACAGCAGUGAGAGCGAGGGGAGGUGGAUCGAAAGAGACCUCCUCGACAGAGGCCUCGAUGAGUACACAGUCGCGUGCGGUCCGCAACGACCCGUACAGCACGUUUCAGUUGAUGUAUGUUACGGCUCAGGUAGAAGAUUCGUGGUGUAUAAGUUUUGACCUACAGCAGGCACAUGUACUUACAACAAAGUCGUAUAAAGAUCUUUUUCUUAAUGUACAGGGCUAGAGUGAAGAUUUUUACAACAUCGACAUCCACUACUUGUCUAAGUACACCUAAAUCACUUCUCCCUUUCUAAUCUGAACAAGCAAGCAGUGCAUGACGAGCACAAGCAUUUCGUGCCCCCUGAUCGGCGCACGAAGGCCUUACAGGACGAUCCCCACUUUACGAACGGUGGUGAUCCAUUGAAAAAUAACUAUUUUCCAGCGCCCCGACCAGGUCAGUACGAACCCGGACGCCUGUUAGCUGCAACAGCCGGUAGGCAAUUGAAUUUCGUCUAUGCAGCUGGCGGAAACACUGCGGAUAGGGACAUGAAUCCUGCUGGUGCUGCCGCUGAGUUGUACUUAAGACUACGUACAAAGUGGCACCAUAGUUGAAGAUUCAUCUGAUUCUUAGUAUUAUGACAUAUGCUCACGACUUCUACUGUGUACAAAAGUUUUUUCUCCACAGAACAAUAGCACCUCCUCUCCCGCACCCGCACAACCCUCUCUACUAAGUCUAAGUUCCAACUUCGAGUCUCUUUCCCCACGUCGCAAGCACACGCAUUUGCAGUAUCGUGGCGGCAGCUUUGUCGAAGAUCCAGACCCGACGUUGGCGCGAAAAGCGUUGAUGCGACCUAGCGGGAUUUCUGCCCUCGCGUUUUGUGAAGACUAUCUGGCGAUCGGCUUCGAUGACGGUUUUCUUCGUAUUUUGGACUUUCCAGCGCUGCAGCCAGUCGAUAUGCGGCCACUGGCGGAGGAACAGAUUAGCUGUUUAACGUUUUCUCCGAACGAGCAACUGUUGAUCGCGGGAUCGUUUGAUCAGUUGAUCUACGUAUUGGACGUGCGAAAGCGCAAGUUGCUGGCCACGUUGAGUGGAAAUACCAGUUCCGUGUUGAAAGUUGCUGUGAGUCACGAUAAUCAUGUGCUGAUGACCAACAGCAGUGACGGGGCAUUGUUUAUGGGGUGCUGUUGAAAAUGGAAAUUGUAGUUCUUCGUCGAACAGGAGUUUGCUUCUGCUUGGUGUGGGUUGUCUUCCUUCGAUUUCUUACUUAUGGUCCCUCAUAUUCCACAACUUCAAUUUUCGAUUCCAUUCCUCCUUCUAAGUUCCUAUAUUUCGACCUACGAACGUUCGAACGCUUCGGCAAAACGCGAGAUUUCCGCGAUGUGAGUUUUAACCACGCAAUGAACCAAAGUUGGGCCACUCAGGGUAUUUGGGCUAGCCAGCAUGCAUGGACGAGUCUUACGAUGAAUUGCGUGGCCUCGUUCUCCGACAUAGCAUUAUGGCUGUUCUGAUUUAGUAGGUUCAACUAGGGUUAUCUUAGACUUAGUGAAGGAGUCAACUAGAAAUACGCCUUUUUAGCUCAAACCUGAAGAGGAUCUCUAACCUGAGUCACUGGCGAUGAUGACAACCUGUUAAAGUUGUUUCCCUAUCCUGCCACCUUCGAGAAAACGCUGUGCAAGGACUACUCUGGUCAUGCCGGCAACGUUCUGCAGACGUUGAUAUGGCAAGAUGAUGUCGGAGAUGGUGUGGUCAAUCAGUAUACGAGUCAACCAGAGAGUCCCAGAAUGAACAACGCUGCCGCAGCAGGUGGGGGUGGCGCAACCAUAGCAAACAUAGGUCGACGCGGAAGCUCGGCCGGUCCUGGCGCCAAUAACAACGCUAAAAACAACAAUGCUGCUGCAGAGCCUCAAGCACCAGCUGCACUGUCGUAUCUAAAACCAGCUACCAGCUAUCCGAAUGACCCUGUGUUAAGGCUCCCGCUAAUCCAUCUCGUUGUGGAUCAUUCCUUAAAAGUGCUUAAAGCACUCAAGUCAAACAACCGGUUAGUUUUCACCGUAUAGUCUAGGCGUUGGUAUGCUCGCCAAUGAUAGACUCCAUGGAAUGGAAUUUCACCUCUAUCCCUAGGCUUAUCCCUUAAACGUCUACAUUUACAUACAAGGGAAAAGCCACACGCAUAUUGUACAGGAAUGGAUUAAUUAUAUAUGUGGCUCGAACUUUGGCGCGAGUGUCGUUGAAUCUGCGAGCAGAAGAUCCGAAAGUGCGGGUAUUAUCCGCGGAUAGUAAGGGUUUGCUAUUCGAGUGGGAAGUGGUCACGCCGUUGAUGAAAAGAGAUCCGACAACGAUACAGAACGCUGAGAGGUAUAGUUAAGAAAGAGUGGACCGUUGGGAAAGAGUGGACCGUUGGAAGGAGUUUGUUACUGCUGUCAAAGAGGAAGCUUCUUUUCACAUGAAGCAUCAAUUAUACCCAAAUUCUCAAGACCCAUCGUCCUUGAUGAAUUUCAUUCAUCAAUUCAUACCCUUCUCACUACUACAACCUAAAAAUUAUCAAUUGUGAUUUUCUUUCUCUUUGUCGCGUACCACGCUCAUCGUCUAUCAUUUGCUCUCAACAAGUGUUGUGUGUGUGUUGGUGUUGUGUGUGGGUGUGUCGUGUGUUUGGUUUAUUGUGUUGUGUUGUUUUGGAAAAGUGUACAGUUAUUAACUGUAGCUAAGUAUAAUUAUGAUCUUCCAUAAUUCAUCUUACUCCUGCUACUUGUACUUACAUGUCUCUAAUUCCCAUUCCCGUGGGAGGAUAAGGCUUGGGUGAAGCAGAGGAUUGAGCAGAGAAAGCGGGAAUUGGAGGGCAUGCAGAGUAAGCGGUUGGUCACGGUCUCAAGAGCGGACUUGCAGCGCAAAUGGAACAGCUUUGACGUGCGCCGCAUGCCUCUCUACAACCCGCCGUGGGCUAGAUGGCAGGACCAGAUUCCGAACGGGGAACAAAGAAAUCAAAAGCCAGAAGAACACGAUGGCGGAGUCUUUAAUUAUGAUGUGGACAAUUAUGAGUAUAGAUAAGAUGUUUUUCUAGUUAGCUCUUUGUUUUUUCUAGGCAGGCCUGCUCCACCAACACUAUAGAUAAGAUGGGUAGAAGGAGAGGCAUAAAUGCCUUUCUGUAUAAGCUCGUGGAAGUCACUUGCUGUCAAUGCAGACGAAUCCGCGACCUUCUAAUCCAAAGGAGCAGGUCCCUCUGGCAUUGUACUGACCCGACACGAGCGAAAAAUAGCGAAACUUCCUUCGCGACUGCCGCACUCAGCGCAAUCUAGACCACCAUGGGCUCUCCGACACGAACCCCAAGAACCACCUCGGUUCUCGCGCGAGAAUUACCAACCAAAACCGAACCCUUGGGAUUGGCCAACGUGAGAGCGUUAUUGAGGGGAAAGAACUGACUGCAGAGAAAGUGAGACUUUAUGAACGGAUCGCUAUCCUCAUUAUUGGAAUCUAUUUAGCUACACUAGUACGAAAAAGACGACAAAGAUACUGCAACAAGCAAGGAGUCCGCUUUUACGAGGAUACCGUAUUAUACACCGCUAGUUCUAUGAAAGGUUACCACGACGAAGAGAUAGUCACUCGCGUUGUCAGGAAUUGAUCUGACGCAGGCGAUGACAAUACUGUGGUAGCAUUUGCUUGACAAUGUUGGCGAUGCACAGGAAUAAUUACUCCCGAAAAGGAACGAAGAC